ACACGGACAAAUUAGUGCGUCGGACAUAUUCUGGAAACGCGUCCCAGCUGUGACCUGCUCGGUGUUUGCAUCAGUGAAAUGGACUUGUAGGUGGAAAGAAGAGUCAUGUUUAACUUAAAAUCGUUGCAGAGAAACAAAACAGUGAAAUAUGGAGUCCCGAUGCUUUUGCUGGUAGUUGGAGGUUCCUUUGGCCUGCGAGAGUUUACACAAAUUCGGUAUGAUGCCCAGAAGAUCAGAAGAAAGCUGGAUCCUUCGCUGGAGGCCAAAGUGAACGUCCAGAGGCAGUCAACCGUACUGCAGGAAGAGUAUGAGAAGAUGAAGGAGUUGAAUUUGGAGGAGUGGAAGAACAUUCGUGGUCCUCGUCCCUGGGAGGACUCCAGGGAGUACCAGGAGCAGCAGCGCACCAGGCAGGACAGAGAAGACUGAGGCCUAAGGAGGCCAGGCGGACUGCACACACACUGCAGCAGGACGGACCAGACAAGACUGGACGGAGUUUUGGGUGAAGGCGCUGCUGAGACCCAGUUACCCCAGACACUGCAACUUGAAGGCAUGGAUUCAACUUGUUUGGUCUUAGCUUGUGUUGGACUUCAAACUUUUGGUCUUAGCUAAAUGUACAUUGUUUGUAACAAGUUGCGCCCUCUUCUGAUUGUAACACAUUCAGGACUAGUGGUUAAAAUGAUGCCACAUGAGCCCAAAACCUUGACAUAAGUUCAAGGUUGGUCUUAAAUUUAAAGAAGUAUGCAUUGGUCCUUAUUGUUUUAUACACACGUAUAAAGCAGUCACCUGUUGGUUGCUUAUUCUCCACUCUGAUCAGGAGUUUGUAAUAAAAAACAACCAGUAGGUGGCACAUCUGUGUCUUGCUGCACCUUAGAUUUCUCACUGAAAGUAAGGAAGGAAAUAUAUAUAUCCAUGUAUGAUUUCCAUGUCUCAAUAAAUUAUAUACUGUUGAUCCAAA